AUGUCCGACCAGGAUUUGAGGAACGCAAUUCUCCGGCUCACUGAACUGGUAGCUAGCCAACAAGAGCAGAUUCAACUUCUCAACCGAACCGGUCAAGCCAACCAACCGGGAAGUGAGAAAAUCAUCGAAUCGUUGGCCACGGGAAUUGAAGACUUCUACUACGAUCCUGACGGUGGAGUGUUUUUCGAUGCAUGGUUCGCGCGCUACGAGGAUAUCUUCAAGGUUGACGACAAGAAUCUGGACGAUCCGGCGAAGGUGAGGCUACUCUUGAGGAAGAUGGGCACCAAGUUCCAUGAGCGGUACGUAAACAGUAUCCUGCCAAAGCAUCCCCGCGAUUUCGGCCUGGACGACACGGUGAAGAAACUUAAGAAGCUUUUUGGCCGCCAAACCUCUCUGUUUAACGAUCGCUACCGUUGUCUACAAUAUGUCAAGAACGAAGCAGACGAUUUUUCAAGUUACGCUGCCUCUGUGAACAAGCACUGCGAAGCAUUCCAGCUGACCAAGCUCACCGACGACCAAUUCAAGGCACUACGUUUUGUUUGCGGUCUACACUCUCCCCGCGAUGCAGACAUCCGAACUCGAUUGAUCGGUAAGUUAGAAGCUGAAGAGCAUGCUCCGCCAGCAGACGGCACGAAGCUCACACUGGAAAAUCUCGUCGAGGAGUGUCAUCGGUUUAAAAAUCUGAAGCAGGACACCAAGAUGGUAGAGAAGCCCGUUCCGGAAAAAUCCGUCGUAAACGCCGUUUCUACCAAGCCUGCUAAGAAGAAGCAACCGAAAUCUCCGUGCUGGUUCUGCGGUGAUUUACACUUUGUGAAGGAAUGCCCCUAUCAAGACCACAGCUGUAGCAAGUGCAAACGGAAGGGGCACAAAGAAGGUUACUGCUCAUACGUGGAAUCAAAACCGAAGUCUGCAAAGAAAUUCGAAAAACCGAAAUCCAAGGAAUACGUGAAGUCCAAAGGAAUUUCGGUGAAACGCAUCGAUCUCCAAGGGAAGAGGAAAUACGUUACCGUCGGAAUCAAUGGCAACAAUUCUGUUCUCCAGUUGGAUUGCGCUUCCGAUAUCACGAUCAUUUCUACGCAAACCUGGAAGGCGAUCGGAAAACCAGCCAUCAGCGAAACUGAAAUCACCGCCAUCAGCGCUUCCGGAAAUAAGAUCGACAUGACUGGUGAGUUCCUUGCUGAAUUAACCAUCCAAAGCGUGACGAAAGCUGGUAUUGUCUACGUGUCAUCAAGCUCCGAUUUGGAUGUCCUUGGAAUUGAAACAAUCGACCUAUUCGAUCUGUGGUCAAUUCCAUUCAGCUCGCUGGUUAAUGCUAUCCAUCAUAAACCGGAAGACACUGAGCAAAAGCUGCGUACGAAGUUUCCUGAAGUGUUCCAGAGAACACUAGGCCGGUGCACCAAAGCGAAGGUUAAACUCUACCUGAAGCCCGACGUCCGUCCAGUGUACUGUCCAAAGAGACCAGUUGCAUAUGCUGCCCUUCCAAAGGUGGAUGCCGAACUUCAACGUCUUCAAGACAAGGGAAUAAUCUCACCAGUGAAGUUUUCCGACUGGGCAACCUCGAUAGUCGUGGUCCGGAAGUCAGACAACGUUUCCGUCCGUAUCUGCGGCGACUACUCUACAGGGUUGAACAACGCACUAGAAUCAGAUGCCCAUCCGCUUCCGCAUCCAGAUGAUGUUUUUGCUGAUCUGGCUGGCUGCCGGUAUUUCUCCCAACUCGAUCUAUCUGAUGCGUACCAGCAAGUCGAGGUUGAGGAGGAAUCUCAGAAGUAUCUAACGAUCAACACUCAUCGUGGACUGUUCAAAUACAACCGUCUGCCGCCUGGAAUCAAGUCCGCUCCUGGUACGUUCCAAAGGAUUAUCGAUAGCAUGGUCGCUGGUAUUCCUGGAGUGAAACCGUAUCUGGAUGAGAUCAUGAUAGCCGGUAGGACAAAGGAAGAACACGAUCGCAGCCUCCAUAAAUUUCUGGAACGGAUAAAGACGUACGGUUUUCAUCUGAGGAUCGAAGAAUGUCGAUUUGGCCUAUCGCAAAUCAAGUUUCUAGGUCAUAUAAUCGACAAAGGCUGCUUACGACCUGAUCCAGCGAAGACUACCCCAAUUUCGCAGAUGCCAGCUCCAAUGAACGUAUUACAGCUUCGAUCGUAUCUUGGAGUUAUCAAUUAUUAUGGGCGAUUCGUCAAGCAGAUGAAGGAGCUGAGAGCACCCAUGGACUACUUGCUGAAACAAAACGUCAAUUGGGAAUGGACUGCAAGCUGCCAGAAGUCAUUCGACAAGUUCAAAACGCUGCUCACUUCCGACUUGUUGCUGACGCACUUCGACCCGAACAAGGAAAUCAUCGUAGCAGGUGAUGCAUCCAAAGACGGCUUGGGCGCUGUUAUUAUGCAUCGCUUCCCGGAUGGAUCAGUGAAGGCAAUUUCGCACAUUUCAAGAUCACUGACCCCUGCAGAGAAAAAUUACGGCCAGAACGAGAAAGAAGCUUUGGCGCUGAUUUUUGCUGUGACACGAUUUCACAAGAUGUUGUUCGGCCGGAAAUUUACCUUGCAGACUGAUCACCAACCACUUCUCAAGGUGUUCGGAAGCAAAAAAGGAAUUCCGGUAUACACGGCCAACCGACUUCAACGCUGGGCGCUUACGCUGAUGCUGUACGAUUUCGACAUCCAGUUCGUGCGCACUGAAGAAUUUUCAUGGCAUUUCAUCAGUCCUUUCAAGACUGAUGAAAUUUCCAUGCAACAGCCGAUGAAGAAUAUGUCAUUGCUUCUGUACAAAUGGAAGCCGAUGUCAACUUCUAGUCUUCCCGUGACGUCUGAAAUUAUCGCUGCUGAAACGUCAAGAGAUCCUGUUCUCCAAUCGGUGGUGUUCCAUAUCAAUGAAGGAUGGCCCAAGUAUUCCAAGGAAAUUGAUGAUCCAGUUGCUCAACAAUUCUUCACUCGCCGAGACAGUCUGCAGAUCGUUCAAGGUUGA